UCCCUGCUAGCCAGGAAAAGACGCCGACCCGGACUUCGGGUCUUUUCUCUGGUCCCUGUUUGAAUGUGUUGGACCCCUCCAGUCCCACAACCCCACCGGUCCUCAUUUACCGGAUCUGCUUCUCUGUAAACCAGAGCCCCAUCCUCCUCCUCUAGAUUCACAAUCCAGGAGAGAAAGAGAGAGAGAAAGGGAAAGGGGGGGAGUUUAUUUCUUCCUUGAACCACCGGGAUUGAUUUUCCUGACUAAUCUGGAUUGUUCGCUUCCUCUGUGGGGGAGCCGCCGCCGCUGGAGGACCGGAGCCGAUGCUACUGUCACAGAAACCGGUUUAAACGUCGGUGACAAACACGAAGAUAUUUUCUCCUUUCCCAUCCGGGUCUGUCAGUCAUUUUUCACCACUGCAGUUGUCAAGUUGGAUCCCUGCUGUGAAAUGGACAAACCCCUCUAAAACUGCAAGACGCCGCUCUCCGCCUCACCGACGAGCAGCCGCAGGACGGGAUUCGGACGAGGACACCCCCGAGUGGAGAGACCAGAACAUGUUGACUCCCCUGUUUCCGUGGUAACCCGAGAGGAGCAUGCACGUCCGGGUCAGGAGUCUUCUGUGAGAACUACACUACCCACAAUUCCCGCGAGCUGACGGCCCAGCCUUAACGCUUAGAUACAAAAUACACUUUUUUAAAAGACGCUCGGAGGAAUAAAAACUACAGGAAGAAGAAAAAAAAAGCAACGCUAACGACACUGCUGCUGCCAACACGAUGGCCAACAACACGGCGGACCACCCACCGGGGAACUCCGUUGCCGAGGGCAACCAUGACGGGGACUUUGGGGUGACCGUGAUGGACCUGAGGGAGCUGAUGGAGCUGCGCAGCGGCGAGGCCGUCAGCAAGAUACAGGAAGUGCACGGAGACGUGCAGGGCAUCUGCCGCCGCCUGAAAACGUCCCCCAUAGAAGGUCUGUCCGGUAACCCUGUGGAUUUGGAGAAACGUCACGUGGCGUUUGGAAAGAACUUCAUCCCCCCCAAGAAGUCCAAGACGUUCCUGCAGCUGGUGUGGGAGGCGCUGCAGGACGUCACGCUCAUUAUUCUGGAAAUCGCCGCCAUCAUCUCGCUGGGCCUGUCCUUCUACCAUCCACCAGGGGGCGACAGUGAAGAAUGCGGCGAGGCCGCCAGUGGCAUCGAGGACGAGGGCGAGGCCCAGGCCGGCUGGAUCGAGGGCGCCGCCAUCCUGUUCUCGGUCAUCAUCGUCGUCCUGGUGACGGCCUUCAACGACUGGUCCAAGGAGAAGCAGUUCCGCGGGCUGCAGAGUCGGAUCGAGCAAGAGCAAAAGUUUACCGUCAUCCGCAAAGGCCAGGUCAUCCAGAUCCCCGUGGCCGAGCUGGUGGUGGGAGACAUCGCUCAGAUCAAAUACGGAGACCUGCUGCCUGCUGACGGGAUCCUGAUCCAAGGCAACGACCUGAAGAUUGACGAGAGCUCUCUCACUGGAGAAUCCGAUCAAGUCCGAAAGUCUAUGGAGAAGGACCCCAUGCUGCUGUGCGGGACCCAUGUCAUGGAGGGAUCGGGCAGAAUGGUGGUGUCGGCCGUCGGCCUCAACUCUCAAACCGGCAUCAUCUUCACUCUGCUGAGCGCCAGCGAGCACGACGAAGUGAAGAAGGUCAAGAAAAGUAAAAAACAAGGACCCCCCGAAAAUCGCAACAAAGCCAAAACCCAGGACGGCAUCGCCCUGGAGAUCCAGCCGCUGAAGAGCAAUGAGGCCGCGGAGUCGGAGGAGAAGGAGGAGAAGGAGGAGAAGGAGGAGGAGAAGCCGGUCAAGAAGGUCAACGUGACCAAGAAGGAGAAGUCGGUGCUGCAGGGCAAACUGACCAAGCUGGCUGUGCAGAUCGGCAAGGCUGGUCUGAUCAUGUCGGCGUUGACCGUCAUCAUCCUCAUCCUCUUCUUCGUGAUCGACACCUUCGGGAUCCAGGGCCGUUCCUGGGUGUCCGAGUGCACCCCCAUCUACAUCCAGUACUUCGUCAAGUUCUUCAUCAUCGGCGUGACGGUGCUGGUGGUGGCCGUUCCCGAGGGGCUGCCGCUCGCCGUCACCAUCUCUCUGGCCUACUCCGUCAAGAAAAUGAUGAAGGACAACAACCUGGUGCGUCACCUGGACGCCUGUGAGACGAUGGGCAACGCCACGGCCAUCUGCUCGGACAAGACGGGCACGCUGACCAUGAACCGCAUGACGGUGGUGCAGGCGUACAUCGGCGACACGCUCUACAAGAAGGUCCCCGAACCCGACGCCAUCAACGCAGAGACUCUGGAAAUCAUGGUCAACAGCAUCUCCAUCAACUCGGCGUACACCACCAAGAUUCUGCCUCCGGAGAAAGAGGGCGGCCUGCCUCGCCACGUGGGCAACAAGACGGAGUGCGCUCUGCUGGGCCUGGUGCUGGAGCUGAAGAGGGACUACCAGCCAAUCAGAGAGGAGAUCCCCGAAGAGAAACUCUACAAGGUUUACACCUUCAACUCCUCCCGCAAGUCCAUGAGCACGGUGCUGAAGAACGCCGACGGGGGCUACCGCAUGUACAGCAAAGGGGCGUCGGAGAUCGUCCUGCGGAAAUGCUCCAGUAUCCUGGACGCCCAGGGCAAGGCCCGCAUGUUCAAGCUCAAGGACCGCGACGAGAUGGUGCACAAGGUGAUCGAGCCGAUGGCGUGCGAAGGCCUGAGGACCAUCUGCGUGGCCUACCGCGACUUCCCCGCCGCGGCCGGCGAGCCCAACUGGGACAACGAGAACGAAAUCGUGAACGACCUCACCUGCAUCGUCGUGGUCGGCAUCGAGGACCCCGUCAGACCCGAGGUGCCCGAGGCUAUUGCCAAGUGCCAGCGUGCGGGCAUCACUGUCCGCAUGGUUACCGGGGACAACAUCAACACCGCCCGCGCCAUCGCCACCAAGUGCGGCAUCCUGCUGCCCGGCGAGGACUUCCUGUGCAUGGAGGGCAAAGAGUUCAACCAGCGCAUCAGGAACAACCAGGGAGAGGUGGAACAAGAGCGUCUGGACAAAGUUUGGCCCAGACUUCGCGUUCUGGCUCGCUCCUCCCCGACGGACAAACACACGCUGGUCAAAGGUAUCAUCGACAGCACGGUGCUUGAGCCCCGGCAGGUGGUGGCGGUGACGGGAGACGGCACCAACGACGGCCCGGCGCUCAAGAAGGCCGACGUUGGCUUCGCCAUGGGAAUCGCCGGCACCGACGUGGCCAAGGAGGCGUCCGACAUCAUCCUGACCGACGACAACUUCAACAGCAUCGUGAAGGCCGUCAUGUGGGGCAGGAACGUCUACGACAGCAUCUCCAAGUUCCUGCAGUUCCAGCUGACCGUCAACGUGGUGGCCGUGAUCGUGGCGUUCACCGGCGCCUGCAUCACACAGGACUCCCCCCUGAAGGCCGUCCAGAUGCUGUGGGUCAACCUCAUCAUGGACACCCUGGCGUCUCUCGCUCUGGCCACCGAGCCGCCCACCGAGUCUCUGCUGCUGCGCCGACCGUACGGCCGCAACAAGCCUCUGAUCUCCAGGACCAUGAUGAAGAACAUCCUGGGCCACGCCGUGUACCAGCUCGUCAUCAUCUUCACGCUGCUCUUCGCCGGCGAGAAGAUCUUCGACAUCGACAACGGCCGUUACUCCCCGCUGCACUCGCCGCCGUCGGAGCACUACACCAUCGUGUUCAACGUGUUCGUCAUGAUGCAGCUCUUCAACGAGAUCAACGCCCGCAAGAUCCACGGGGAGCGCAACGUGUUCGAGGGCAUCUACAGGAACCCCAUCUUCUGCAGCGUCGUGCUGGGGACCUUCGUCCUGCAGAUCGUCAUCGUUCAGUUCGGAGGGAAGCCGUUCUCCUGCACGGCUCUGGCCAUCGACCAAUGGCUGUGGUGCGUCUUCAUCGGCGUCGGAGUGCUGCUGUGGGGACAGCUGAUCUCGGCCAUCCCCACCCACCGCCUGAAGUUCCUGAUGGAAGCCGGCCACGGCGCCACGAAGGAGGAGAUCCACGCGGAGGAGAUGACGGAGGGCGCCGACGAGAUCGACCACGCGGAGAUGGAGCUGCGGAGAGGCCAGAUCCUCUGGUUCAGAGGCCUGAACCGCAUCCAGACGCAGAUGGAUGUGGUCUCUACCUUCCAGACGGGCCAGGCUCCUGUCCCCGGUGCUCUGCGCCGCCAGCCGUCCGUCGUCAGCCAGCACAAUGACAUUAAGGUGGUGAACGCGUUCCGCAGCUCCUUGUACCCGCUGGAGAGCCCCGAGUCCCGCAGCUCCAUCCACAGCUUCAUGGCCCACCCCGAGUUCGUGCCCCAGUCCGAGGAGGAGGCGCGCAUCCAGACCAUCGAGGAGGAGGAGGCGCGCAUCCAGACCAUCGAGGAGGAGCAGGCGCGCACCCCCAUCAUCGAGGAGACCGGAGACGAGAUCCAACCGCUGCUCGACGCCUCCUCCGGGGCGGAGGGAGGAGGAGGAGGAGGAGGAGGAGGAGGAGAGCCGCCCGGCGCCUUCCCACGCAGCUGCGAGUCAUCCAUCUGAGCUCCUCCUCCUCCUCCCCCCUCCUCUCUAUCAGCAUCAUCUGUCAUCCCGCCAACCGGACUGUCGCACUGAGGAGGGAAGUCGCUCUGCAUCCCGUCAUCCUACAUUUAAACUCUGCGUCAUCCCACACACACACACACACUCACACACACACACACACUCACACUCACCCCCCCCCUCUCAGUCAUUCCUGCCACAUUGUGUCUUUCUGUGGCGUCGUUCAGCCUGUGAGUUUGUUCCUCCACCAACAUCGAGACACACACACACACACACACACACGCGUAUGAGAGGGCCCAGAGUCUCCCCCGUGGCCCAUUUUGUGUCUUUUUUUAACCCUUUAAUCUCGUUGGGUUUGACUCAGAACCAACAGCACAGAACUGGCGAUUCUCAUGUACAUAGCUACCGGGGGGGGGGGGGGGGGGGGCAAAUGCAAAAAUGUAAUCUUUUUAUUUGUUUGGUUUUAAAAUGUAAGGAAUGUUAGCGGCUGAUGGAGGCGAAACACUCGCUCUCCUCCCGUCUGAUCCGUGUUGCUUUUCUUUUUCCCCGUCAGCCGUGUCGUUUCAUGUGGAAGGACAGAAUGUUUACUACAACCUCUGAACACGCCGGGGUCCGGAGAGGGUCCGGCCUCGCCCCCCCCCCACGUCCACAGUGUCGAUAGCAGACGGGGCCGCGGCCCUCGUGGAGAUGCAUGUCGUCGUGUUUUCACUCGCGUUGAGUCGCAUGAUCAUUUUAGGAAUGGAUAUUUGGGGUGCUGUUUUUAUUUUUUUUCCGACGACCACGUGUGACACACAUGCAGCAGCGUCUGUUCAGAGAGACUUUAACUUCCUGUCUGUAGGACUGAACUUCCUGUUACUGCAACGGGACACAAACAGACUCUGUGAUCGCAUCCGUGCCCACGCAGGGUGGCGAGGAAGCGGCGUUCCUCCAGUCGCAGAGCUGGACGACGACAACAACAAAAACAACAACAACAACAACAACAAAGGAUGCUCCUCAACUAGAACCUGCCGUGUUUCAGCCGGCGCUCCACUCCGCCGGCUUCAGUUCAUGGAGGAGAAACGUCGUCUCGAGCUCCCUCCCCUCCUCUGAUAGGCUCGUGUUAGAUAAGACCCGCCCACUUGGAGUGUGACAACAACUUAAAAGCGACAACCUGUGACCGUGACACUGUGAGGCGACCCCCCCCCCCCCACACACACUCCCUCCCCCUCUUUCGCUAAACACUGCCCCACUGUGCCGCUGACUGUCGACAUCGAGCUCACAAGUCCUGCCAUUCCUCCCGUUGUCUCCUUCAAAAUAAAAGCCCUCCUUUUUUAAAUCUGAGAGUUCGAUCCUUCUUGCUGCUCAUCUAGAUCUGGGCUGACGGGAGAGAACCUCCGACGGCGGCACACACAAAACAAUCUGAAGCGAUGCGUUCGAGUCCCCGUAAACCAGAGCGCCGACCCGGUGGCCCCCGUCCAGGUGGGGGGUGUAAUCCUCUAUCGACGGGUCUGUUUCGGGGUCACGGAGCAGGACGUUCAGUACCAGCAGACAGGAAGUUGAUGGAUCUCUGAACCGAGUCUGGACCGUCUGUCUGUGUUUCUUGGUACCGCGGCGUUGCCGUGGGAGACCGAUGAUGUCACCGGUCGGCCUGUAGAGAGACGCCGCCGCUCCCGCCGUCGUACCGUCUUAAAAAGAGGAAGGAGUCAUCUUCCAAUCAGAAGCAGCGACUUAGUCUGCCUAGCAGCCAUCGACCAACCCGUGUGCUCCUACUGCCAUAUGUCCACCUCUUCGUCACGACUCGGUUCCUCCUCUUCCUCUGAUGAGCUUUUUAUCUACGUAACUCAGAGCCAUAUUUUAUAGGUUGUCUGUAUUGUUUUUUUUAUCUCAUUGUUAUCGAGGUUUCCUUUGGACUUUCUCACCCCCUUGAUAUAGCCCCCCCCCCUAUAGCCCCGCCCCCUUUACUCCGAACGCGACCAAAAAGCAAAGAGGAAGUCUUCAGUCGUCACUGCCGAGUUUAAAGGACCUCUACGAUGUUUACAUGAAAGCACUUCUCUCAUUCGCCGCUUCCCUUUUCGUUCCCUCGCUCCUCGUCUCCUCCUCCGCUCAGUCACUCUUCAACUGAUCGGGGGGGAAGUCUUUCUUGCAUGGUUUUCAUAUAAAAGAAAUCAAUGUUUUGCUCUUUUUUUUUACAACUCUUCUGUAUUUUUAUAUUAAGUGCUUUUUAAUAUUUUGGAGAUGUAUGAAUAUAUAUGUGUGUGUGUGUGUGUGUGUGUGUGUGUGUGUGUGUGUGUGUGUGUGGGCUGAAGAGUUCGGUGACAGUGCAGUACAUGAAUGACUCUUUUUACAGCUCUCUAAUAUUUAUGCCUCGUGGUGUCGUCGUGGUUACCUGACAGAGGGCUCCCAAACCUGACGUGACUUGUUUACUUCCUGACGGCCGGCAAUUGGAAUCAACGGUCCCUCGAAAGUGUCGCCGGCCCCGCCGACACCAGGUCGUUCCCUUUAUCUCGUCUCGCGAGGCGCUCCGCCCCCUAGAGGUCGGCCCAGGCGACGCGGGUAGAGCGCUACCGCCAGACGGCCGCGCGUGGUCGUCUGUCCCGCCUCGGGGUUCCUUUUGUUCCCGGACUCUGAGGACCACGACGGCGGAGUCCUUUGAAGAGGAUGACGGCUGCGUCCCGCUUCAGGCCCCGCCUCUUUUCAAAUGGGGGCGUGGCCUGUGAAGGCGCAUCUUUAAAAGAAAAUUCAAUAGCAAUGUGUUGCUCUGAUCCCCUCGAGGUCUUUGAAGUGGACCCGUUUCCCUGAGAUGAUGUUGGUCCCAUCGUGGGUCUCAGGGCUCUGAUCCGACCCCGCCCCCCCCCCCCCCCCGACACACACACACAAAAUUGACUUGACGACAGUCGGGUUGUUUCUCAAGCCGAGACCGAGUCCUUUUGAAUCCGACUCUGAUGAGGACCCAAUAAAAAAGCCGGCGUUCUGCUCGGUUCUGAACGUCAUUAUGUUCAGGAUCAGCCGGGCAGAGAAGCGGGUCGUCUAGUGGAUCAGCGGUUCCCUCAGAACAUGUCGUGUUUCAUUUGUUCUGCUUUCAGAUUAAAUGGAGAACAGACCAAAAGAGAACUCCAUUUAAUUCUGAUUUGGACCUGAAGUGACUGUAUUAAUGAGCCCUGGACCCUACUGGACCCUACUGGGCCCUACUAGACCCUACUAGGCCCUACUGGGCCCUACUGGACCCUACUGGGCCCUACUAGACCCUACUGGACCCUACUGGGCCCUACUAGACCCUACUAGGCCCUACUGGACCCUACUGGGCCCUACUGGACCCUACUGGACCCUACUAGACCCUACUGGGCCCUACUGGACCCUACUGGGCCCUACUGGACCCUACUAGACCCUACUGGGCCCUACUGGACCCUACUGGGCUCUACUGGACCCUACUGGACCAGGUUAGACUUCAUCUCCGGUCCCGGUUGCUAGAACCCAGCUGGACCCCUGAGAACCUUCACCAACAAGCCCCGCCCCCUCAAAACACCACAACGUGAGCUCUUUGAGUUCUUCUGUCCUUUCAGUAUUUAAAUAUCUUAAUGAUUGCGGGGAGCAGCCGCCGCGACGUCACCGCUACGUUUUAGAGGUUGCCGUGACGAAUGUCGGAAGUUUUAAUUUGGGAAUUUGUUUUACUUGUUUUUCAUUUCACGGCCGAUCGCGUGACUUCGGUUUGAAUGCGUCUGAAUCAAAGUGGCGUCACCGCGAGACCGGGGGCCCACAGGCUCUGGGCGGCCCCCGGACGGCCCCCGGACCUCAGGUUGGGCCAAAGGACAAGAGGACGCCACUUUUCUUUUUGUUAUCUGGUGAAAAUGUGGACUUUGAAGGAGGCGGAGCCUGUGACGCGACACAAUCAUAGAUGUCGUUGCCAUUUUUUUACGCCGCCGCCGACGUCAGAAACAUUUCUCUGGGCCGAGGGCUCGUGACAUCACUUCCUCUUCCUGUCUGACACGCCCCUUUAAGACGAUGUACAUAUGUCUUAUGGUGGGGGGGGGGGGGGGAGUGCAUCUGCUGUCUGUCAGUUGACCGGAAGGGGGAGGGGCUUAGGGGGGCAAUCAGCCAAUCAUCAUCCAGCAAAGCUUUAAGGAUGUUCUGCCAAAGUCGUCUCUUCUUUUCAUCUUGAUUGUUUUGAGGAAGUCAUGUGACCCGUCCUCACAGCAGCUUCCUGUUGUCCUCACCGCAGCUUCCUGUUGUCCCAACUGCAGCUUCCUGUUGUCCCUACAGCAGCUUCCUAUUGUCCCCACAGCAGCUUCCUGUUGUCCCUACAGCAGCUUCCUGUUGUCCUCACAGCAGCUUCCUAUUGUCCUCACAUCAGCUUCCUGUUGUCCUCACAGCAGCUUCCUGUUGUCCUCACCGCAGCUUCCUGUUGUCCCUACAGCAGCUUCCUGUUGUCCUCACCGCAGCUUCCUGUUGUCACAUCAGCUUCCUGUUGUCCCUACAGCAGCUUCCUGUUGUCCUCACUGCAGCUUCCUGUUGUCCUCACAUCAGCUUCCUGCUGUCCCUACAGCAGCUUCCUGUUGUCCUCACAUCAGCUUCCCGUUGUCCUCACAUCAGCUUCCUGCUGUCCCUACAGCAGCUUCCUGUUGUCCUCACAUCAGCUUCCCGUUGUCCUCACAUCAGCUUCCUGUUGUCCUCACAGCAGCUUCCUGUUGUCCCUACAGCAGCUUCCUGUUGUCCUCACAGCAGCUUCCUGUUGUCCUCACCGCAGCUUCCUGUUGUCCCUAUAGCAGCUUCCUGUUGUCCUCACAGCAGCUUCCUGUUGUCCUCACCGCAUCUUCCUGUUGUCCUCACAUCAGCUUCCUGUUGUCCUCACCGCAGCUUCCUGUUGUCCUCACAGCAGCUUCCUGUUGUCCUCACAGCAGCUUCCUGUUGGCGAAUCUGAAGGAACUCUUUGAAGAACCUUCAACAUCCAUCCAAAACAAAGGGUUCAACAAACUGGAAAAGUCAUAACCGCUCAACACAUAUAUAUCAUCUCUAUAUAUUUAUACCCACGACAUCUACACACGUGUGUGUGUGUGUGUGUGUGUGUGUUACUGGAUAUAAAUACAUAGAUGUGUGUGUAUGGAUUCUCAGUUGAACUUCACUGCAAACAAAGACUGGUCCUGGUGUCGUGAUGACGGCAGCGAGAGGUGCCGGUGUUAUUUUUGUACAAACAUAAUCUCAUCUGUGUGGCAUGCGUGACAAAUAUACAACAACUUGGUGGUUUAAAGCAAUAUGUCCGACCUGGUGCGAUCGGUUCUGUCCUGUUCUGUGUAGCCGAACGCCACAAGAUGUAGAGAUAGAGAUACAUAUAUAUCUAGAGAGAGAAAAACAAAAAGAGAAACUGCAUUUGGAUAAAAGUAACUGUUUAGUAAAUGUGUUCAAUGUUCUGUGUUCUGCAUGUUUUAGUCUGGAAUGAAACUUCCCAAACAUGUCGACCUGUUUGACCAAAUGAAUCUCAAAUACACCCCCCCCACACACACACACACACACACACAUAUGCACACACACACACACACACCCCUGUAUUUGCACUGUGAGGGAAUUAAAACUGCGUGACUUCUGAUGGAUGGAUUGAUGAAAGAUGGAAGAUUCUUCUUCUCUUUUUCUUUCUGUUGUCGUUUCCAUCGCCUCAUUUGUCCAGAAGCUGAAUAAGUUGUUGUCUGUCGGCUCAUUUCAUCCUCCUGUCCUCACACACACACACACACACUGAGACUUACAGAGCCGCCUGAACUCGUCACCUACCCACCUGUGCAGUGGGAGGAAGAGGAGGGUCAGGUGUCUUCUGCUGGUGUCUUCAUCACAUGGAUCAAUAUCUCCGCUGGGAGGUGAUUUUCCUUCAGAAGUCUGGUUUGUCCACUAGAGGGCGCUGUGCCGCGCCGCAGCGAGGGAUUCAUUUAAAUAUGGAUUCUUCUUCCGAUUUGUUUUGAAGAUAUUUAGUUUAUCUUCACGGGAAGAACGGAAGAAGCAAAUCCUCACGUUUCAGAAGCUGAACUCCACCAAUGUCCGACAUUGAUUAUCAAAUAGUUUCAGAUUAAUUGAUCGACGGAAAUCUAAUGGACCAAUUUCCUUAUUCGUGUGUUCAAACUGAUUUUAUUGAUCUGAGGACAUAUUUGUAUUUCUAAAAAAAAAAAAGGUUACUCACUGCCAUAAACAUUUUUCUCAGUAAAAGUCCUCUGGGUUUUAAUAAAACAAAACAGAACCCCCAACGACCUCUCGACGUGUGUGUGAACUCACGAUGGAUCAAUAGCUCCCAACAGGAAGUGGCGCGUUGGGAUUCAAGAUGUGGGAGUUGUUGGAUUAGAUUUUCUGGAGUUACGCGAGCAGUUCCCCCCGCUUCCAGUCUUUGUGCUAAACUACGCUAACCCCGGUCGACAGAACGAGAAGAUUUAAUAAGAUAUAUUAACAGAGGAUUUUAAAUAACUGAUAAUCUAGUAUAUGUUUUAUCGAACUCCUGACUUCAGCUCUCUUUUUAUUGUUGCCAUGGCGACAGCGUUCAGCGCGUUGCGUCGCCGGGUGAAGGAAAGUUUGACUUCGCGGUCGGGGGGGGGCGUUUAAUCUGGCGACGAGGAUUAAAACAAACACAAUACAAGAGUUUACUUGUUUUAUUUAUUCAGCUAUUGGUUCAUUUAAUUUGUAUUCAGUUUAUUCCCCAACAAAGACCUUUAUUUACUCCUGUUUGGCGCUAAAGUAGUCACAUUAUUUUAUUUGAAGGACGUUCAUGCUCCCUAGAGGACGAACCCCCCCCCCCCCCCCCACCGUCUGUUCCUCCUGGGAGACAAAAGAAAAACUGCCUGUGCUUCCCUAAGUGUGUGUGUGUGUGUCCAUGUGUGUGUGUGUGUCCAUGUGUGUGUGUGUGUGUGUCACUCAUCCUGAUCAAACAUCCUCCUGUUUGCUUCAAUCUAUGCAACAGAAUCCUCCAGUUCGGUUCAUCUGGUUUCUCACGUCGUCUCCUCGCGCUGUCGCUCGUCUCUUAUCUGCUUUUUAUUUUGCAGUUCCUUAGACAAACAGAACCACGUUACCUGUACGUUGAUGUAUGUGUGUGUGUGUGAGAGAGAGAGAGUGUGUGUCCUGUUGUUUUCUUUACUCUUUUGUAAGAUAUGAUCGUGUGGAAUGCCUUUGGUCUUAGUGUCAUGUCGUUUGAAUUUAAACUGAACAAAAGAUGAUAAUCAAGCAACUGAGUAAAAGUUGUGACAUAAGUCUAUAUAUAAUAUAUAUAAAAAUCUAUAUACAUAAAAUAAAGCCAUUGGAAUUUGAAAUAAAUCUGUCAAUUUGUGAUUUAU